UCUUAUACAUAUAUAUAUAUAUAGAGAGAGAGAGCUAUGCCCUUCUCCCCAGGCUGAUCAAACUCAUCAAACCCUUCAACAUCUCUCUCUGUGAUUGUUUUUGGAGUUAAGUUCGAAGAAAAUGGCGGCGAAACGCUUUUUUAAUGAAUCCGAAUCGUCCAAGGAAGAUCAUCAGCAAGCUGCAGCUGGCGAGAAAAGGAAGAAACCCAGAUAUUCUUUUGCUUCUGUUAUUGGAGAAGUGGUAAUGGUGAAUUCCUUGCAGAACCUUUUCUCAAACAGCUUGGAACCUUUGCUUAGAAGAGUGGUGAAAGAAGAGGUGGAGAAUGGUCUAAAACGAUGUUCCCAAUUAUCUAUAACCAGAUCACCUUCAUUGAGAAUCCAAGCUGCACCGGAGCCAUCAAGUCUCCGACUGAUUUUCAGUAAGAAUCUUUCACUCCCCAUAUUCACUGGAAGCAAGAUUGUGGACAUUGAAAACAACCCACUUCAAGUCCUCCUCGUAGACACAAGUGUUGCCGGUACUGAUCGAAUGAGUCUUGUGAGUUUUGCUCACCCAAUCAAAAUAGAAAUUGUUGUUCUCGACGGUGACUUUCCUCUUGGUGAUUGUGAUGCUUGGACUGCUGAAGAAUACGAUAGCAAAAUCGUAAAGGAGAGAACUGGCAAGAGGCCAUUGCUUGCCGGAGAGGUAACAAUCACCAUGAGGGAAGGUGUCGCUACUAUUGCUGGAGAUAUAGAGUUCACAGACAACUCAAGUUGGAUCCGGAGCCGGAAAUUCAGGAUCGGUGCAAAAGUUUCUCCAGGAAGCAACCAUCAAGGUGCUAGAAUUUAUGAAGCCAUGACUGAAGCCUUUGUCGUCAAAGAUCACCGUGGAGAAUUGUACAAGAAGCAUCAUCCACCAAUGUUGAACGAUGAAGUUUGGCGCCUACAGAAGAUUGGGAAAGAGGGAGCUUUCCAUAAGAAGCUGCAAUCUGAGGGCAUUAACAGUGUACAAGACUUCCUGAAAUUGUCUGUUGUCGACCCCCAAAAACUUAGAACCAUUUUAGGUGCUGGAAUGUCUGAUAAAAUGUGGGACGCAACAAUAAAGCAUGCUAGGACAUGCGUUUUGGGCAACAAAUUGUACCUUCUAAAGGGAAAUAACCUUGCCAUCUUCUUGAAUCCUGUAUGCCAACUCGUUAAGGCUGAAAUUGAUGGGCAUCUAUACCACACUAGGGAUUUGAACAACCUCAACAGGACCUAUAUUGAGAACUUGACAAGGGUGGCAUAUGAAAAUUGGAGUUCCUUGCAAGAGGUUGAAGAGACUACUGCUGAUUUAGUACUAACACAAGGUGAAACGAUCGAGCAAUAUCCCAACCAUCAAGGACUAAUGAAAUCAAUAGUUCACCAAGAUGUGGGAUAUAACUUCCUUGCCGAAAGAGUACCUGUUGAUCAUCCUGUGGUGUAUGGGUUAGGCAGUGGAUCAUCAGUACAUGAGAGUGGGUGUAGUCAUGACUGGGUAAUAAACUAUAACACGCCAAUUGAUCAAAAUGGCAUGAUCAACUAUAGCAUCUCAGAAUCCUCAUCAGAUGGAGAAGUAAUGCACCCAAAGUCUUUCCUCAGUGACUGUUGAAGAUAUAUAUAGAUAGCUUAUAUGCAUAGAUCUCAGGUGCAUGUAUGUGUGUAUAAAAUAUAUACAUAUAUAGCCAAUAUAUAUAUAUAUAUAUAUAUACACACCACCCAAUAAUGAGGUGUGAUCAUGUUGUUAAUUAAUUAGUGUAGGUGCAAAGGAAACCCCCAAAAAUGCAUGCAAUCCAUGCCUAAUGCAUUGUUAUAGUUUAGUAAUUAAUCAAGUGCAGGUUCUGUAAAUUUAUUAAUAUCUAUAUAUAUUAGUGAUUUGUCAAAUCAAUUUGGA